AUGGCCGAAGAAACCGCACCGGCACCAACUGCCCGGGACCAGGACAUCAAUCCCUGGUCUGUUGACGGUGGGCAGGAUGAGAACGGCGAAGCCAUCUCGAUCGAUUACCUGGCCCUCUCUCAAAAAUGGAACACCUCCACCAUCGACCACGAGCUCCUGGAGCGAUUCGAACGGGUGACCGGACACAAGCCGCACCGCUGGCUGCGACGAGGCCUGUUCUUCAGCCACCGCGACUUCGACAAGAUCCUGACGCGCUAUGAGCACGGCGAGCCCUUCUUCCUCUACACCGGCCGCGGGCCCAGCACCGGCAGUCUGCACCUGGGACACACCAUCCCGCUGCAAUUCACGAAAUGGCUGCAGGAUGUGUUCGACGUGCCGUUGGUCUUCAUGUUGACGGACGAUGAAAAGGCCCUGUUCAAGGACAGCAUUGGCUUCGAGGAGGCCAUGCACUACGCUAUGGAGAAUGCCCGCGACAUCAUUGCCCUCGGCUUCGACGUUAAGAAGACCUUCAUCUAUAGCGAUCUGAAGUACAUCUCGAACCAUUUCCUCAUGAACGCUUGGGAGUUCGGAAAGUUGGUUACUUUUAACCAGGUCCGUGGGGCGUUUGGUUUCAAUGAAAGUACCAACAUCGGCCGCAUCUUCUUCCCCUCCGUCCAGUGCGUCGCCGCCUUCGCCACCUCCUACCCCGAGAUCUGGUCCGACGAGCCCCAGGCCAACCGGAACCAGAAGAUCGCCGACAUCGCCUGCCUGAUCCCCAUGGGUAUCGACCAGGAUCCGUACUUCCGGCUGCUGCGCGACAACUCCCACCGCAUGGCGUUCCCGUCGCCGAAGCCCGCGCUUAUUCACUCGAAGUUCCUGACUGCGCUACAGGGCGCUGGCGGAAAGAUGUCGUCGUCAAAUCCCAACUCGGCUAUUUUCAUGGACGAUACGGCGAAGCAGAUCAAGACCAAGAUCAACAAAUACGCCUUCAGCGGCGGUCAAGUCAGCGUCGAAGACCACCGCCGUCUCGGCGGAAACCCGGACGUCGACGUCUCCUACGUUUACCUGACCUACUUCGAAGAAGACGACGCCAAGCUCGAGGAGAUCUACAAGUCCUACAAGAGCGGCGAGCUGCUCACCGGCGAACUGAAGAAGAUGGCCAUCGAAACCCUGCAGAAAAACGUGCUGGACUUCCAGGAGAAGCGCAAGUUGUCCACGGACGAGGUCCUGAACGAGUUCAUGCGCCCCCGCAAGCUGGAAUGGAAGGGUAACCCGAACCCGAUCCCCAGACCUCCCAAGGAGUCAUCUAAGGGGUCGAAGAAGGAGAAGAAGGAGGCCGCGAAGGAGUCUAAAUAG